AUGCAAAACAUCAACAACAAUCAACUACAAGGAGCAGAGACGUACUCUAUCAUUAAUCAAGGGUUUGAUUUUCAAUCUAUCCCGUAUGAAGAUUUUGCCCUAGUUUCUGAUGCUGCUGUCAAUUCUCAGACUACUGUAUCUCAAAGUCAGGAACAUUUUGUCUGUUGGAACUCCUCUGUUAUCAACCCUCAUACUGAUGUAACUGUUCAUCAUGUCAAUCCUCAAAAUCAAGGGUCUUUUAUGAGUUGGAACUCCUCAACACUCAACUCUCAGACUGAUGUAGCUGUCAAUCAUGACAACCCUCAAAGUCAAAAACACUUUAUCUUGUGGAACUCCUCAACACAAGAUGAAAUAGUCAACGGUUUGCCAAAUAUUGAUCAACCUCAAUCAAUAUUUGCAUCUCAACCUCUUUUCUCAGAUGAAAAAGUUUUUCCAUCAGACUCCAACAAGGAAAGAUCAAGAAUAUCCAAAUAUGCAUCAGAGCUUGGUAGUAGAGAUGAUGAUGCAGUAGUGAUUUCUGAAGAAGAAUUUACUCGUAAAAAAAAUAAACGACUUAAAAAGAGUGAACUUAAAAAGAGUGAACUGCAUAACCAAUCUGAGAGAAACCGUAGAAAUGCGAUUAAAGAUAAGAUACAUAUAUUGGGUGGACUCGUACCUAACUGCACUAAGCGCAUUUAUCAUUUUCAGACAGAUCAAGCUUCGAUAUUGAGUGACGUGGUUGAUCAUAUGAAAGCUCUUCUAGUUCAACGUCAAAUGCUGAGCAUGACAGGACACCCUAUGUGGCUGGCUGGGGUUCCAAACAGUAUUACACAACAAAUACCCCAAUACAUGCCAUAUAUGGGAAUGGGAAUGGGUUCUAAUAUGUAUGGUUAUUCGGUACGUGGAACAAGCCAUCCGUUUUUAUCUAUUCCCUCAGCUCCCACUCCAAGUUUGCCUAUACUUUCUGAAUCAUGUAUCGUUUCAUGCCCUCAAUUCCAAGUGCCCCCUCCGCCUCUAUCUCCGACGACAUUCAUUGCUGCACAAGUAAAGCCGACCGCCACUACCACGUUCAAUACUAUUGAUACUGUUGUUCAGCCACAGCCGAUUCCUUACACAAUCAACCUUGCAAACCAAGGAGAAUGUAGUACUUCCCAAUACAAUGCAAUAGGGACGAGGGAUCACAACCAAAAAGUACCAACUCUAAGCGAGAUAUAUAAAGUGAUGGCUAGUGGCAGGAUACCACCUCAUUCAGGACCAUAGGAAGAAAGAGAUGGCAUGGAAGACAGAAUUCAUUGUCUUUUGUUACCUGCUGAGAUAUAUAGUUAGUUAGAUCAUAUAUAAUUAAG